AUGAAUAUAAAUUUAACCGUAGAAAUCUGCGGAGCCAUCAAUAUCUACGACACUGCAAAAUGUGAAGAAAUCUUCUUCCCCUCAAAUUCCCAACACCUUGAGGAGAUCCACCGUCGGAUACCCAUCUUCUACUGCGAAUACAGUCAAAAACGUGGUCCAUCGAUGGCACAAAUGCUGCGAAGUGUUGAUCGACAACGACAUGUGGAUGUCUACCCGAAAGUGGAUUUUCCUGAGAUCUACGUCGUCGACAAAGGCUAUCGGAAUUUCUUCGAAACUUUCUGCAAAUCCGCGGAUCGAGUGAGUUUUCUUUGCAGAAGUUUGUAAUU